AUCUCGACAAACACCAUGUCUUUUUCUACUCCUACUGCCACCCUUGCCAAUGGCCAACCAAGCGCCAAUCCAGGCUCCGUGCAGCAAGUUCGCCAGGGCCAAACCAACGGUGGCUUGGUCCUCUUGAGCGAUACCCAAACUAUUGAAGUCCUCGCUCAUUUUGCACGUGAACGCAUUCCAGAGCGGAGCGUGCACGCAAAGGCUGCUGGUGCCUUUGGCGAAUUUGAAGUCCUCGAUGAUAUCUCUGACUUGACCGAUGCAGAUUUCCUCACUGGCAUCGGAAAGAAAACCAAGCUUCUGACUCGCAUCUCGACAGUCGGUGGUGAAAAGGGAUCCAGCGACACUGUUCGAGAUGUUCGAGGCUGGGCAACAAAGUUUUAUACCGAAGAAGGUAUCCAGGAUUUUGUAUUCAAUGAUCUUCCUGUCUUUUUCAUCCGGGAUCCGAUCAAGUUCCCAUCCAUGAAUCGAAGCCAUAAGAGACACCCCCAGACCAAUGUCCCUGAUAACUCCAUGUUUUGGGACUUUCACAAGAACAACCCGGAGGGUAUUCACGCUUUGAUGCACCUUUUUGGGCCGCGUGGUAUCCCGGCCUCUUUGAGGAACAUCAACGGCUUUAGUGUUCACACUUACACCUUGAACAAAUCUGAUGGAAGCUACGUAUAUGUCAAGUGGCAUUUUAAGCCCGAAGAUGGAAUCAAGAACAUGGACCCCAAGGUUGCCGUCCGCCUUGCUGGCGAAGACCCAGACUAUCAUGUCAAAGAUCUCUUCAAGGCCAUCGAGAGGGGGGAUUACCCAACCUGGACAGUGAACAUUCAGGUCAUGAAGCCUGAAGAGGUCAAGACGGCCCCCAUUGACAUUUUCGACUGCACGUAUACUUGGCCAUAUGAGAAAUAUCCCCUCCGCCGCGUUGGCCGCUUGACCCUUAAUAAGAAUCCGAACAAUUAUUUCCAGGACAUCGAGCAAGCUUGCUUCUCACCAUCCAACAUGGUCCCAGGAAUCGGACCCUCAGCAGAUCCGGUCCUUCAAGCUCGAAUGUUCAGCUACCCCGACGCUCAUCGCUACCGCGUUGGCCCCAAUUACUUCCAGCUCCCACCCAACCGGCCAACUAACAAGGUGUACGCACCGUAUGUGCGAGAUGGCCCCGGGACCAUGAACGGGAACUAUGGCAGUGAUCCUGAUUACGUCUUUUCGGAACUCCGACCAGUUGCCCAGAGCGCCAGAGCUCAGAUGCCACUUCACGAGCACUGGGCCGGGCAAGUGACGCCCUUCGCGACGUCACUCACCGACAAGGACUUUGAGCAGGCCCGCAAGCUUUGGGAGAUUAUCUGCAAGGAGCCCAAUGGCAAGGAACAACUCCUUCAUAACAUCCUUCCUACCCUGGUGGAUAUUCCAGAAAGCCUGAGGAAAGAAGUGCUGAAUUACCUUGGGCGUGUCGAUCAGUCUUUGAAACAAUACCUUGAGCAAGGACUUAAGAAUAAAUAGUAUGAACCCACUGGCUGGAGGACAAGCUGGCUCUGAAUAUCCCCAUGGAUUUGACAGAAUGAUGAUCUACAUAGUACCUAGCUUAGUUUCCAGAACCAUAGGCAAAAAAUAAGCAAAAUU